GCAAUCCUCACUACCGAUGUUACUAUCACCCUCUACGAGCGCUCUAUCUAUGUAUACGUCCAUGUCGCCCGCCGUCUGGCCAAGUGCUACCAUCACCAAGGUCACUUCGAGAAGGCUGGGCUCAUCUACCUGCGCAUCUACUAUGCCUGUCUUACCUCUUGCAAGCUCGAAGAUGAACUGCUGUGUCACGUGCACGAGAAGGUGAUCCAGAUCUACAUCGAGAUUCUAGCCAAGUAUAAGAAGCAUCUGUGUCACACUCACUACUUGGCCAUCAAGAAUCUGUACUGCCUUGCUCGUCACUACGAGCUCAUCGGCCACAAGGAUACAUACUCACACUACCUCGAGAUCGUCACCAUCCUGAACAAGGGCAUCAAGUACUGCUACCACGACGCCUUAGAAGCAUCUCUCUGCCUCUGCCGCCACUACCACCACCGCAACAUGUAG